AAACCUGUUCUGGAGGGAGUGACUUGAUCCAGGCAGCGUCCAAUUAUAUGGAAGCAGCACUUAUUCCACUUUAUUCCGGGCUACAGUUAAGUGGCUUGAAGCCUUCAGAGACAACACGGUGCUCGUAGUAUAAAGCCAGAGCAGUAGGCAGAGAGAGAGAGAGAGAGACGGUACCCAUGUGACAUGUGAACGGAGAGAGAGAGCCAAAGACAAAGGUAGAGAAAAAAGAUAUACUACAGCAAAGUGAGGCGUCUGGCGGCGGCGCGCAGAGGAGACACACACACACACAGAGGAGGAUGCUCCAAAUCAAAUCCAUAAGGGCUUCUUGUGUUUUUUUUUUUUCUUCUUCUUCUUCCUCUUCCUCGCGUCUGGAAAAAUUCACGGCUUCAUAUAAAUGAUUCAUGAGAGCCUGUUUCUAUUUCUAAGGGGAGUAAUUGCGCUCUUUGCAGUAGAGUUUUCCAGCUGAAGCAGCGGUCGGUCACCAAAACCAAAUCUGCAGAAAAAGACGCACGAGAUAUAAAGUCAGUUGAUUUUUGUGGAGUUUGCGUUCCGUUUAACCUGCUGCUGGACCUCCUCAUCUGUCAAAAGGAUCAACUGUUGCUGCAGCCGGAGCGAGCACACACACAGAGACAGAGAGAGACAGAGAGAGAGAGUGCGUCUGGAUAAUUCAUAAUGGAUGUUUGACCGUCACUCGGUCCUGCAUGCAGCCGGUGUUGUGCAAAUUAACAUGGAAGAGAGACUGAUACUGUUGUUGAUGCCUCGGAUACACCUUCAUCUGUCCUGAUGUGAUGCACACAUUGUUGCACUGAGGAGAAUAUGAGAAUAUCCCACACUGCUGCUGCCGGCUUAUUCAUACUGCUCCAUCACCUCUCUGUGUGAAACAUUUUAUUCUUUCUAUUAAGGGACAUUUUUAACUCAUUUAACAGGCUUCUUUCUUUUUUUUUUUUUAUUAUAGUGACCUUGCCUUGAUUUUUUAACAUCUAUUCAAGCGGGAGAUCAUCAUCAUGCUGAUGAUGAUGAAGAACAGCGGCGGCGGCAUGAUGGAUGCGCAUCAGGUUGAUAUCGAUUCGGAAUUUGCGCCUCACAGUCGCUCGCGGUCGUGCACCUGGCCGCUGCCGCCGUGUCCGGAGGAUUUCCCCGGUGGCGGUGGUGGAGGUGGAGGAGGAGAAGAAGAAGAGGCGAGCCGAGGUCUGGCCGCCCUGGCGUCGGUCAAAGUGGAGCAGUACAACGUGCCGCCCGCGUGCCGCCGGGCCGCCGAGAGAAAAGGCGGCGCGCCGGCGGAGCUCGCGCACCCGGCAGCCCCGGUACCGGUCCCGGUUGCCGCUCCUCCUGCCGCCUGCAUGUCCGGAGCUGCUGCCGCUGCGCUCGACGCGGCCGGCCAGCUGCGCAAAGCCAAGUCGUCCAGGAGGAACGCGUGGGGUAACCUGUCUUACGCAGACCUGAUAACCCGGGCCAUCGAGAGCACCCCGGAGAAGAGACUCACCCUGUCGCAGAUCUACGACUGGAUGGUUCGCUUUGUUCCUUAUUUCAAGGAUAAAGGCGACAGCAACAGUUCCGCCGGAUGGAAGAAUUCAAUCAGACACAAUCUGUCCCUGCACAGUCGCUUCAUCCGGGUGCAAAACGAGGGGACGGGGAAGAGUUCGUGGUGGAUGCUGAACCCAGAAGGAGGGAAGAUGGGGAAAGGACCCAGACGACGGGCGGCCACUAUAGACAACGGCACCCGCUACCUGAAAACCAAGGGUCGCAUUAGCCGAAAGAGAGCAGGCGCCACGGGCCUCGGACGGGGACAAGGUCAGGGGGCCGGACCCGCGAUGCAAGGCUCCCCCGAGCACGGCAGUCCAGCGGGGAAAGGAGGUGUGGGCAUGGGGGGUGAGGAGUACGACACCUGGACGGACCUCCAUUCCCGCACCUCCUCCUCUGCCUCCACGCUGAGCGGCUGCCUGUCCCCGAUCCUGGCUGAGGCGGAGGCUGACGAACCGGAGGAAGGCAGACUGUCCUGUUCGGCCUCCCCUCGACUGUACCCGAGCCCCACCAGCACCCGCUCCCCGGCCCUGGGCACCGGCGGCCACUGCCCGACCGUGGAGCUGCCCCAGCUGACUGACCUGACGGGGGCGAUCAGUCUAGAUGAGAGUGGCUACCCCCAGCCACAGCAAAUCAAAUGCAACGGUUACCCCUACGUGCCUGCGCCCAAGGCAGAGGGCUCCUACUGCGGGCCCAUAUACGGACAGCCUUCCCUGGGCAUGCUCCGGCAUCACACUCCCAUGGAGACCAUCCAGGAGAACAAGCCAGUCAGCUUCCAGCGCCCGAUGAGGGCCUACUCAGAGAACAACGCCCUGCAGAGUCUGCUUACCGGCGGCCCUCCGUACUGCAGCAAAGACACGGUGCUGGGUCCGGGACGGGAAACACACACACUAAUGACACAGGGGACCAAUGGCGUUCACAGCCAUAAUCAGAAUCGCAGCCACAAUCACAACCACAAUCACAGCCAAGAGCACGCUCACAAUCCCAGUCUACACAACGGCCACGGCUCAGUCCACGACCAGAACACAACCCACCAUCAGAACCACAAUCAGGGUCACAAACACCAAGCCAGCCUCGACUACAGCCACAGCCACAAGCCCCACCCCGCCCACGACUACGGCGCGAGUCACGAGCACGGUAACAAAGUAAACGCCAGCCACGAUCACAACCCUCGCUCCAGCAGCCAGAGUCACAUGCACAACCCCCAUAACCCUAUGCACAGCGGGCCUCACCCCCAGGCCCUCUCCCCACGGGUUAGCACCGACAUCCUGCAGCCCUACAGCCUCAAGACCUCCAACCACUACGGGCCCCGACCACACCUCCCGACAUCGCCGUCCCUGCCGCCCAACCCCGCCGGCGUCAUGGACGUUCCCCAGGACCCCUGCCGCCUGGCGUCCGCGCCUCACCCCCGUCACCAGCCUUACCCCGGAGCUCACCACCUCGACUCCUGGCACGGCUACUACCACAACACCCACCAGCCGGGGAACGCUGGUUACCAACAGCACAACUCCCACAGUAGAAUGGCCGCCAACCUGGAGAUGGAGAACGUCGCUAAUAGCCUGGACUGUGAUGUAGACUCCAUCCUGCUCAAUGACUUUAUGGACACGGAGGGCAUGGAGUUCAACUUUGACGGCUCUCUGUCCCAGGGCAUGGGCAUGGGGAUGGGCAUGAGCUUGGGGGCGUUUGCUUGCCCUCCACCAGCACACAGCAACCAGAGCUGGGUGCCGGGGUGAACCCACGCCCAAGGGGGUUUGGAUAGACACAUGACCGGAAAGCUCACCCACUGGGCCAGGCUGCUGGUGGGCUGUACCCUUGGACUGACUGACUGUGAUUCUGUUUCUCUGAGACUGUAGAACAAAAUACGUAUUGUCAUUUUGUUUCCUGGGGACUCUGUACACCCCCACAUCCUACACUUCCUCUCUUCCCCCCAAAACCCUGUUUAUAAAGCCUUCUGUCUCCACAUUGAACCUGCCCCCAAUGAGCCCAGUCCUAAAGCCCCCCCCCCACCUCCCUUGUUCAUGCCCUUCACUUUGUUUUUUGUUUUUUAUGGUCUCCACCCAUUCUCGUCCUGCCUGUCCUAAGCUCUCAAGCACUUUACAUCCAUCCUUUCCAUACAGAUGCAGUAACACAAAGACCAGGCAAAGUCGCGUUGCGUGUUGGCUUAAGUUUAAUGUAUGCAAUCCACUUUACAGUAUUAUCUCCUUCUACAAAGGAGGUGUUGUUUUUGACUUGAGAACGUGAUCAAACAGCUGCAUAAAUAUCUUUCAAUGUGGAGGUGCUCUCAGAUUUUGGGGGGGUUAAAAGGCACGGGGAGGCUUUGAGGUUUUAAGGAUGAAGAGAAAGAAAAGAGUUUUUUAGCAGAAGAGGGAAUAAAAGGAUGGAGGGUAUAGAAAGGAAGGGAACUCCAGCAGGGUCAGUGUGACUUCUCUCCCUGAUGGACCGUGGUGCUUCCUGUUUGGUUCGGUGCAAGAGGACAGUCAUACAUCAGGCAACCAUCAGCACCACUCCAAUGAAAUGCAACGUCCCUUCUUUAAUCUCCAAAGUAAUGCCAGAGUGAUGCAUCGCUAUUGCAAAUCUAAUGCGCCGCUCUGUGUUUUUUCAACACCCCCCUCCUCUCUCUCUCUCUCUCUCUCUCCUCAACUCCGGACACACCGGCUUAAUGUGUUUUGGCGAAAGUGAUGAUUAAAGUCACUCUGCACUAAAUGGGGGAGGGAUUGAAAGGGGUGGUGUUGGAGAGGUGGGGGCAUUGAGGGGAGAUGAUAGGAAAGGAGAAAUGCAAAUAUUCCCUGUGUGCCUCUUCCUCUCCAUUUUGUGGAUUUAUGUAGCUUUCCCCGUAAUGAAAUAAGCAACGAUCAGAGCCCGCCGUACAUCCCGAGGAGCUCUCUGAUUGGCCUGCCUCGGCGUGGCUCCUUCACCGGCUGACCCCAGAACAGCUUACCGAGCAGCUGUGGUCAGGCCAGGAUGUUGAUGGAGCUGCCGUCGUCAGACCCCAGUCAACCUUGUCUAAUUCACUAACACCCAGGUUCAAGCCCACUAUGUGCUUUUUACUCCUGCGAAUUGCACACUGAUGAACAGCGUCAGCAGAUUACUAUUUGGUGCUAUCUCCUCUUCCCAGGCACCCUCCUAUCACGCCGCCCCAUCCCGAGGUUACUCGGAGGGUAAACAAGAGUAAUUAACCGCCAAACAAGAUGGAUGAUUUAUGCAAGUGUGUGUAUUCGCUCAUCGGCACAAAGUCAUAAUUCUUCCUCCAACGCGCCGAGAACAAGGAGGGCGAUUUUUUGAGAGGUGACGCCCGGGCGACAAGGUAAAGCGGCUGGCAAGCGGCGUGCUUACUUAUAGUGUCCUUCAAAAGCAUCCCACUUUACAAGCGUUCCCCCGCCCCCCCGUCCAGGCCAUAGCUUUUACUUUGCUGUCGUCUUUUCUUGUGCUCGUUCUGUGAUUGUGCAGUUGUCUGUCCUGUUUCAAUACAGCAUGGAUAGAAAGCUUUUGUGUGCAUUUUUAUUUUCUUCACUCGCAGAGGGAAAACAGUGCAAAAGGGGAACCCUUGUCCUGGCACCUGUCCCACUCAAGAUAGAGGAAAUAGGAACAAGAGAGAGAAGAAAGGUAGAUACAGAGAGAGAGUGAACGGGAGGGAGGGAGCUACAUGAGUAGGCAGGAUCUGUGAGACUGAGAGAGAUUUUCCAGCUCGCUAGCUUUCUGUAGAAUUGGCUGUUUGAAUCAGGCCAAAUGUCAAGUGCUACUCAGCCAGCUCCAGCGAGCUUUGACCAGAAAGCCACUUCUCCCUCCUGAUCAAGGACAAUGACGGGUAUUUCCAUACACAUUUCUUUUUGCUUUCUUCUUCCCUUUUCAUGAGUUAAGAUGGCCCAUUGUUGUAACCCAACUGUAAUUUGUUCUCUGGCCCGUGUGCACUUGUGUGUCAAGCUUCUCGUGGGUGUGCGAGUGUGUGUGUGUGUGUGUGUGCGUGUGUGUAGCACAGUGAUGUUCAAGAAAUGAUUAAGGGGAAUAUUGUUGAGAACUAACUUGCCCUGGUAUUGUCCAUGCCUGGAUGAGUGCAGCAUACAUAAUAUAUACAGUUUAUAUUUAUUGGUUAGGGAGAUGGGUCUAUGGAGGACCGCUCACUGCUUUGUCUUCUUGACGACAAAGAGGCAGAAUGCUAUUUCAGUUGGACUACAUUUCAUUCUGUACAUAAUCUAUAUUGAGAAAAUUGUAUUAUAAUUUUUUUGCAAAUAUCAAUUUCUUUUCUAAAAUGAUGUGUCUGCUCAUCUGGUGACCGUAAAAAUAAAAAAAACA